GGCAAUUCAAACUCAAUAGUAUUGGAUUGCAUUUCCUAAAAGCUCACAAAAAGAUACAUCAAUAUCAUCCAAGAGAUUCUACUUCAUCAAGAGCAACAUGACGAUCAUAGAAAUGAGAGUACACAUGGAUUGCCCUGGAUGUGAAAACAAAGUGAAAAGUGCACUACAAAAACUUAAAGGCGUGGAUGACAUUGAAAUAGACAUGAGUUUGCAAAAGGUGACUGUGAAUGGCUAUGCUGACCAAAAGAAGGUUCUGAAAACGGUUCGAAAAACUGGCCGUAGGGCUGAACUCUGGCAACUUCCUUACACAACGGAUUCUCAGAACCAAUAUGUUCAACAGCACCAUUGCAAUGGCCCUAUCAACUAUUAUGCUUCUCAAACUUCCUCAUCUUAUAACUAUUACAAACAUGGUUAUGAUAGCAGUGAUCCUCGCUAUUAUAACUACCCCUCACAAUCUUCCAUCUUUGGCUAUCAAACUGGUGCCACUUUUAGUGAUGACAAUCCUCACGCUUGUGCCAUCAUGUGAUUAUAUCAUAUGUGCUGAUACCAAUCAAAAAAUUAUAUAGUUUUUUAAAUAUAAAAUGUAUGAGGCAUUAAUUAAAAUAUGUCUAUGAAUGCCGGUCUCUCUCCACAGUUUGACUAUUAAUUAUCUUUUGAACGA